AUGUUACAAUCUGAUCCGUUAGAGCAGCAGGUCGGCAUCGUCUCGAAAAGCGACGGAUCAGAAGAGGCUCAGCAGCAGCAGCUCGUCCAAAAUGCCUACGACAGCACGCUCAAUCACGUGCUCGACUACGCGCCUGCGCCCGGAUGGACGCUGCACGUCACCAAAGAGGGACGACUCUACUAUUGCAAUCACGUUACUCGCACGGCAGGCUGGUUGCCUCCUGCAGAGGCCUGGAAAUGCGGCGAAGAUGCCCUGCCCUACGGCUGGGAGAGAGCCGUGGACGAUUCUGGAAGGACCUAUUACAUAAAUCACGUGAACAAAACCACCACGUACGAAUCGCCGGUGGUGAGAUGUCUGGAUCCGGUCCCGAAACCGGAGCCCCGAUCGGUCACCCUGGAGAGGUCCCCGUCGUUGGGUUUCGGCUUCGUAGCCGGCUCGGAGAAGCCGGUCAUCGUGAGAUUCGUCACCGAAGGAGGACCCAGCGUCGAUAAGCUACUUCCCGGCGAUCAAAUCCUGACGGUCAACGGGGAGGACGUCGAAUCGGCGCCCCGUGAACACGUCAUAUCGUUGGUCCGGGCCUGUACGAAGACGGUCAACCUGGUGGUGUGCCAGCCGGCCGAACAGCAAGGGGCCAGGAAAUCCACUUUGCUGUCGGCCAGCAAAAGGGCCCGGUUGAGAGACAAGCCGUCGAGGGUGAGAUUCGCCGAGAGCGUGUGCGUCAACGGGGCCCCCUUGUUCCCCCCGUCGGCUUUUUCGCUGGGCGAAAUGGUGGUGCCUCCGAUGGCGAACGUCCUCAAAGUGUUCCUGGAGAACGGCCAGACGAAGUCCUUCAAAUACGACGCCUGGACGACGGUGCAGGACGUCGUGGCGUCGCUGGAAUCGAAGCUGUGCCUGCAGGCGACCGAGCAUUUCAGCCUGGUCGUCGAGCACAUCAAAUCCCUCAAGAGGAACAAGCUGACCUUGUUGGAUCCCCAGGACCUUCUGGCUAGAAUAGCUUCGAGGCCGGGCGCGCACAAGCUGCGCUGCCUCUUCCGCGUGGCUUUCGUACCGGCUUCGGCGGCUGCUCUCGCUCAAAAGGACCUCCACGCCUUGGACUAUCUGUACACGCAGUGCUGCAACGACGUCAUCCAGGAGCGAUUCGCCCCCGAGCUCCAGUACGACACGGCCCUGCGGCUAGCCGCCCUUCACAUCUACCAGCACGCUCUGGUCCACAACGUCCCAGCUUCGAAGCUCACCGUCAAAGGCAUCGAGAGGGAGUUCGGCUUGGAGCGGUUCAUUCCGGCGUCGUUGCUGGAGAACAUCAAGCGCAAGGAGAUCCGGAAGCUGAUAGGGCACUUUUUGAAGCUGCAUUCGAGCAUGGCGGGCAUGGGGAAGCAGCUGACGGCGUUGCAGGCGAAGCUGCACUAUCUGGACAUCGUCGGGCAGCUGCCCAGCUACGGGGCCAAGUGUUUCUCGGCGGGGCCGCGUGGGGACGCCUUGGAGAGGGUCAUCCUGGUCAGUCCGAAGUUCGGUAUCAGCCAGAUAACGGGUACGAGAAAAUCGGUUUUCCAGCCGAUCCCCAUAGCGAACAUAGAAGACAUGCGUCGCCUGGAAGUGCGAAGCGAAGACGAGGUGACCAGGACGGUGCUGGUGCACCUCCAAAGCGACAAAAUCGUUCCCAUUUCGCUGGAGGAGCGCGACGCCUGCGAGCUCGCCCUCGUCCUGCGCGGCUACUUCCGCCUCUCCACCGGCCAGAACCUGCCCGUCGACCAGGAGGAACCGCCGCAAAUCGAGGACCUCGCGCCGCCCUAUCUCUCCCAACACAAGGUCGUGCCGGAGAAGUGGAGCUUCCUCGACCAGUCGUCGAUGAAGACGUCCUGCUUCGCCGCGACGCCCCUCUACAAGCCGAUCAACAGGAAAACCAACGGCUUGUACAACACCGUCGGCAGGCAGUCCAAACCGCCGUUGGUCAUCCAAUACAGCCUCGACAGCAACAUGAACAGAUCGAUGGCCGACAGGAAUCGGUUCUACAGCGUCGAUGCCGGUAAACCCGAUCGCAUUGAAAGCGACGCCUACGAGAACGCCAUACUGGAAGCCAGAAACGACGAGAUACUGAGGCGGGUGCAGGAGAUGCAACAACUGGUGGAAUACUCCGAGCAGUAUCUGACCGAGCAGGAGAACCUGGAGCGGUUGAAUUCGCUGGCCGAGUGGCAGGAGACGAGCGUCGAUGUGGAGAGCGACGGCGACGAGCCCGGUAAGUUGAAACACAGCGAUUCGUUGUUGCUGUUGAACAAAGGCCAGAGCGGCAAGGAGAGGAAGCAGUCCUUCUCGAGCGCCGCCAUCGAAUUGCUGCGACAGGAAACCGUUUGCUCGGAGAGCGACAACGAAUCGCUCUACACGCCCAACGAUUCGCCCAAACACAAGACGAUGCCCAACAGCUUGGAUAAUAAGCUCAACAGGGUGAGUUUCGGGCUGCGUAGCCCGGACGGUCGUACCGAGAAGGAGCAGGACCUACAGGCGUACCUCCAGUACCUUCGAGAGACCAAAAAGAACGAAGAUAACGUCUCGACUGCGGAUACCGAAUCGAUCAAUGACAUUUACAUUUUCGAUCCGGAUAUCAUCGAUUUGACGCUAUUACCUCCACCCAGUACGCCGGAUGAACUGGAUUGUGCCUUACCGACGCCCAUUAACCUUCCGCCGCGCUCGUUCGCCGACUCCAUCGAUAAAUUAAACAAAUUAGGUAUUUUAGAUGAGCACCAAGAUUUGGAAGACUUCCUAGCUAGCGUUACGGUCCCUCCGCCGACGCAAAAACUGACUCCAUCCGUAGAACUCACCCCCGAAGAGAUAAUGUCGUACAUCAUACCGCCUCCACCGGCCCAAACCAGCACUGAGAAUUUGACAAUAACGCGAAACGGAUCGAAACAAGAUCAACCGAACGUCAUCGAGUACGCCACGUUCGACAGAAAGGGGCCUUUUUCGUGCUGUGCGAAACCGAAGACUGACAAAACCGCCGCCGAACCGCCGCAGCGGCGCGGCUCCGACGACAAACCGCCCGACCGGCCGCCCAAAACCGCCGCCGUCGACCGGCCCAGAUCGCAUUCUCUGACCGGCGCGCCGCCGAAGCUGCCGCCGCGCCUCGCCCUGCCGCAGAAACCGCCCCUGCCGCCCGUCCCGCCGCUCGACGCGCUGCGCCAGAAGAAAACCGUGCAGCAGAUGAAGCAGGCGAUCGAGACGCGCACGGCCAGCAUCGGCUCGCCGCUGUUCCAGCGCAGCAGGAACGUCUCCAACGAUUUGGAUGUCCGUCAGGUGGAAGAUACAUCCACUAGGUACUCUCACGCCACGGCGGUUAGUACUCCGACGUCGCCGCACCUCGGCAGAAACGCGCACUUGAAGCUGGUACCGAUCGAUUCGCCCGAUUACUCCGGUUAUAAAGGUAUAGAGAAUUGUAGCCAGAAACGCAACGGUUGCACGUCCAACAGGGAGGACCUCCUGCAGAAAACCGACGUAGCCAUGGCGAAUCUACUAGCGAGGUUAAACCAAGUAACCGAGCAGUGUACUACAGCGCAACAACACGGCGGCGGUAGACUCAUCGACGAGGAUAAAUUCCAAGCGGCCAAAGAGGAACUGACAGCGCAGUGUUUGCAAUUGGUGACGUCGAGCAAGAUGCUGGUGAUAGCGAUGUCGGAGCCGAGCCUGCCCGAGCUGCCCGAGAACCUGGCCGUGUGCCUGACGAUCCUGCGCCGGUUGACCGAGCUGUGCCAGGAUCUGGGCGAUCACGCGACGGCGCCGCUGCAAACGAGGAACCUGGUGGUGAAGGUGGGCGACGUGACGGCGGCGUUUCGGACGUUGCUCGGCGCCGAGAUCGACAGGAGUUCGCGGAAGGCGAUCGAGGAACAUCUGGCGGCGCAGGCGGAGUCGCUGGCGAACGUGCUGGCGACGUUGCUGCGCAGCUUGAGGGUGUUUUCGCCUUAG